CGCGCCCCCCUCCCCCCCACACGCGCCCCCAACCCCCACCCCUCCACCAGGCUACUUCAACCCCCAGCUCUCUGCACUACACUUAAAAGAUCGUGGGUGUGUGAAGGCGCAGGCAGGCCGGCCCAGGAGCCUCACCUGACCUCUCAAGAUGGUGGCCCUGGACCGUCAACGCCUCCGGCAGGAGAGCUAUGCCCUCCUGGGCAAGUUAAUCCGCACCAAGGACCCCGCCCGAUUCCAGGGAGACGAGAGCGGCGACUCCAAGCUGAAGAAGGUGCUGACCACCGUCGACUUGACCUCGCUGGGCGUGGGGUCGUGCGUGGGCACGGGCAUGUACCUGGUGGCUGGCAUGGUGGCCAAGAACAUCGCGGGGCCCGGGGUCAUCCUCUCCUUCACCAUCGCUGCCAUCGCCUCCAUCUUCUCCGGUGUGUGCUACGCAGAGUUCGGGGUGCGGGUGCCCAACACGUCUGGGGGCGCCUACAUGUACAGCUACGUCACGGUGGGCGAGGUCAUGGCCUUCAUCAUCGGCUGGAACAUGGUGCUGGAGGAACUGAUCGGCACCUCCGCCUGCGCCUGCGCCCUCAGUGCCUGCUUCGACGCCAUCGCCGACGGCGCCAUCUCCUCUAGCAUGAAGAACACCUUUGGCACCAUGUUUGGGGAGCCGCCGGACCUGCUGGCGUUCUUCCUCACGCUGAUGAUGGGCGGGGUGCUGGUGGCCGGCGUGCGCAAGUCCGUCCUCUUCAACAACACCCUCAACCUGGCCAACCUGUGCGUGUGGGUCUUCAUCAUGGUGGCCGGGCUCUUCUACGUCGACACCAGCAACUGGACCCAACACGGCGGGUUCAUGCCUUAUGGAUGGUCAGGGGUGCUGACGGGCGCCGCCACCUGCUUCUACGCCUUCAUCGGGUUCGACAUCAUCGCCACGACGGGGGAGGAGGCGGUGAACGCCCGUCGCUCCAUACCGUACUCCAUCGUCAUCUCCCUGGUCAUCAUCCUUAUUGCCUACGUCACCUCCUCCGCCAUCAUCACACUGAUGGUGCCAUUCGACAAGAUCGACGAGGACGCCGCCCUGGUGCAAGUGUUCGGACAGGUGGGCGCCCCGAAAUGUCGAAACUUGGUGGCGCUGGGAGCCGUGGCCGGCCUCACCGUCUCCAUGUUCGGGUCAAUGUUCUCUCUGCCCAGGAUCGUCUACGCCAUGGCCAAGGACGGACUCAUAUUCAAGAGUCUGGCGGACGUGUGGGGGGUGACCGGGACGCCCGCGAUGGCCACUGUCGUCUUCGGUCUGGGCGCCGCCUUCGCUGCCAUGUUCAUCUCCCUCACCGUCCUCGUUGAGAUGAUGUCCAUAGGGACGCUGCUGGCCUACACCCUGGUGUCGACAUGUGUGUUAAUCUUACGGUAUCAACCACACUCAACUACACUCCUGGAGAUGCUGCCGGAGAGUAUCCGCACUCCUCUGGGUGGCACUCCGCUCCCAGGCUCUCCCACACGCACUCUCACUAAUGCGGAGAUGAGGACGGGCCUCGGGGUGCGGGCCGGGGCGACCAAGGCCGUCACUCCCCAGCACCUGACGGCGGCGCUGCAGCAGAACGGCGGCCGUAUCACCCCCUCCGGUCUUCCCCUCGACCAGAAGAUUACCGUCAAGCGCGUGAUGCGGUCGUCGCCCGACUCCGACGACACCGGCAACACCGAGGAAGGGAGCGGCGAGUCGUGGCGGCGGGAGGACGACUACAUGGUGAGCGACAAGUGCGAGAACAAGUACUACGGCGCUGUGCCCGCCUCCACCGGCCCAGCCAAGUGGUACGACAGGUAUGUGGAGCUGGUCCAGCAGACGUUCCCGACGCUGUUUCCGUGGGUGGAGGAGGGCCCCUGCACCGAGGACACCGGCAGACAAGUCAUGAAGCUCGUAGGGUUGCUGUACGUCAAUGUGCUCAUCCUGGACAUCCUGCUGGUGUGUAGCCUGGGGGAACUGGAGGGCCACUCCCCCGCCGCCUCCUUCUUCAGCCUCCUGUUCUUCAUGGGCAUCGUGGUCAUCCUCCUCCUCAUCUCACGCAAGCCACAGAACAGGAAGGCGUUGCCGUUCAUGGCCCCGGGGUUGCCGUGGGUGCCAGCCGUCGCCAUCAUCAUCAACGUCUACCUCAUCUUCAAGCUCUCCAUCCUCACCCUCGUCCGCUUCAUCCUGUGGAUGACCAUCGGCUUCAUCAUCUACUUCACCUACGGCAUCAAGAAGAGCACUGUGGGGACAGAGGACGAGGGCGAGAUAGAGCUCCACGUCACGUCCAACCCGUCCGCCCAGCCGGCCAUCAACACCGUCAGUCCGCCCACUGAGCCCACCCUCGCCGCUCCCAACCAACCCGUAGUGCCCACCGCAGAUUUCUUAACCUCGCCGGUAGCCACCAUUCCUGGCGGGCCCCCUUCCAGCCGGCCAGCAACCAUCACUCAGCAUCAACAGCCCCCGCCCAUAAGCAAGCAAAUAUAUAUAUCAAGCAAUCCAAACAAUCCAUUCCGUUAAUUCAUGGUUGUAGUUGUUGUUUUGUGUAAGUGAGUUAGACAGCGUACGGUGAGGGUGCACGAGGGUGCGCCUCACUCCCAGGAAGGCCAAGCCAUGCUCUCCAACACUCCCAUAAUUCCACUUCCUGCACAACUAAGAUAUAGGUUUCAAUGAGUAUAAAUUUUGUGAUUAACUUAACGUUUUAUAACGAUUAAAGGAAUCUGAUCAGGUUUUAUUGCAUAAAAUUUCUCUCCAGGUCUUUGAGACACGACCACAGCGGAGUUGGCCUUACACGAGACAACGACGCGGUUGGGUCACAUCCCUGCUAUGUAGUGAGCGGGUAAUGUGAUGUUCAUUAAGAGGAAUUUCUAUAUGAAGGUCAUACUAACACUGCCAUAGCUCGGCUUUGCGUACUUAGUCAAUGAUACGAGAAAUUCUGGCAUAUCAUAUUUAUAAAGUGUCUCAUCACGGCUAUGUACUGCUCAUCCCGGCUAUGUAAUGUGGGUUUUAUGGUGGAAGUAGAGCUGGUGGCGUUUGUCUCGGGGUUCGCUGAUGCGGUUCUCACUGCGACUAGCUGCAGCACCUCCUCUGGCCUCAGCUGGGCUCAGUUCUGCAGCCCGAGGCCACAACCAUGAGUUUAGCGUCAAUUAGUCAGCUCAAACAAAACAAAAAUUUUAAUAAAGUUGUAAGGUGGGUCCCUGGUCUUAAGAAUAAUAUUGGUUCCUGAACCGUCCGCGAUUCGUGAAAUACAUUACCGGAGUCAUUGUUCAAGUCUGUGUUGAAGGCUGUCUUAAACAUUUCUUCAAACCCCUAAUUGAGUCAGUUACGACACGUACUUAAGGUAAAUUGUUACAAGAAGCAGAGAACAGUGAGGGUGCAGGCGUGCCCGCUGUGAACGGUGAAGUGUGCCGUCUUCACCGCACGCUGUCGUUACUCCAGUGACCUUUUAAACAUUAAUGUUAUCGUCUCGUGUGUAAGUUGAUAUGUGACUUGACAAAGGGCUACAAAAAAAUGUAGUUUAUUAAGAUAUAGAUAAGACCUGGCGCAGCCUUGUAACCUCGUCGUUCAGUAGUUACCGCUAGCGUAGGUUGUAGUGCUUAUAGGAGGAGUGUGUGAGGGGCGAGACCUUCCGUCUGGCCUCACCUCAUCACACUGCCCGACUUACUCAUCUCUAGUCACCAAUAUUACUCAUUUAUUACACACACUCUUGACCACAACAAUUGUCUCCAUGGACUGUGUGUGCAUGUGUGUGUGCAUACAAAUAUAUCAUAAUGUAUUUAAGAUUUUGUUGGAAAUGACUUGUGAAAACUUUCUGGUCAAAAUAGGUAUUUGUUGAUCAAUGCCUAAACUGCAUUUGUAUCAAGGGUCCUCAUUGUGUGUGUAUGGUAACGAGGACCUUAUCAGGAGAACAGCGCGAGUGAGAACGCUGGAUCACCUUCCUGGCUGUUUAGUCCACUAUUACACUGGACUAUUACACUGUUUAGUCCACUGUUACACUGGACUAUUACACUGGAGGCUCCCGAGGGCGCCUGACCCGUGGUCCGGGCUGCCGAGUGUGUGUUUAAAAGUCAAGCGUGUCUCCCUGAUAUUUAUUCAUUGUUAUGAGUGGGUUCGAGCUUUAUUGCUUUGACUAUUUCCAUCAGUGAAAGUAUAAACUAAAGACAACAUGAAUCAUGAGUCCUGAUUAAUUUUUGUUUCACUUGGAGAGGAGAGUCGCGAUUUUAUUAUAUAUAUAUAUAUAUAUA